CUGAAAUAUGAUAAAGUAGCACAACCCGGCGUAAAACGGGCGAAAAAUACACGACUACUAGCCGUAAACGGAUAAGAACUAAGGGUGCAAACAUGUGCAAAUACAUCUUUAUCAGCAGCGAAGGUUCACGAGUAAUAAACUGAAAGCCAUAGAAGGAGAGGUCGCGCGACUACUCGCCGCGGGGUUGAUCCGAGUAGUGAAAUACCCAAAGUGGUUGGCCAACGUGGUCUUGGUAAAAAAGUCCUCCGGGGCUUGGCGCAUGUGCAUCGACUAUACAAUGAUCAACAAGGUGUGCCCAGGGGAUCCUUACCCGCUACCGCGCAUUGACCAAUUUAUUGACGCCACUUCCGACCACCAGACACUGUCUUUCCUAGACAUGUUCUCAGGAUACCACCAAAUUCCAAUGUCCCGCGAAGAUGAGGAAAGAACGGCUUUCAUGACGCCAUUCGGAAACUUCUGCUUUGUCGGGAUGCCAUUUGGAUUGAAGAACGCUGUCGCCACUUACCAAAGAAUGAUCGACUCGGUGAUUUCACAACAAAUAGGGCGGAAUAUCGAGGCAUACGUGGAUGACCUCAUCGUCAAAACCAAAAUGGGCAACUCCCAUUUGGAAGACUUGCGCGAGACUUUUGAAGCGCUUCGCAAACACAGCCUCCGCUUAAACCCCUUGAAGUGUGUAUUUGGAGCGGAAGCGGGAAAAUUUCUGGGAUUUAUGAUCACCAAGCGUGGCAUCGAAGUCGACCCGAAGCAUAUCACGGCCGUCCAACAGUUGCGGGCGCCGAGGAGCGCGGUAGAGAUACAAUCUUUGAAUGGCAAGAUAGCGGCCCUGGGAAGAUUCAUACCAAGAUCAGCCGACAAGUGAGCCCCUUUCUUCAAAACACUCAAAAGCGGCACGCGAUUUGCAUGGUCCAAGGAGUGUGAAGUUGCCUUCUAAGAACUCAAAUCAUACCUUGUAUCCCCCAUGUACUGACUGCCCCCAAGCUUAAUGAAAAACUUUUUUUGUA